UUAAAAAUCGUGUGGAUUUAUUGGAUUAACACUGCUAUUGACCAAAGUGGUCAACAAAAUGGCGGAAAAUAAUAUUGAUCAAUCGACGUCCGAAAGGAACAAUUUUGCCGAAAUGGUGAAACGUCGUACAAAAGAAAUUUAUAAAAUUAAAUCAGGAAAGGUUUCUGAAACGACGGGAAACCACGAUACUGAUAUUAACACUAGAAGUGUAAUGAAUAGAAGUUCAGAUGCAAUGCGCAUGUCCGCGGGAAGUGGUAUACUGCGCAUGUCCGGGAACCCGGAAAGUGAAAGUGAAACUAACGGGAGUGAAAAUAAUAACAGUCCAACAAUGAAAGACAUGAUGGACAAGUUUUCUAGCAUGGAAAAAUCUCAAACAGAGAUUAUGGCUAAUUUAGCCGUGAACAUUCUGCAAUUGCAAGACAAAGUCAGUGGCAAAGAGUUGAAUAAAGUUAAAACUCAUCCACAAAAAGAGUCCGAUAGGACAGUAACUGUCAGUGCUAGUGACAUUCCUGAAUUAUCAGACAUAUCAGAUGACGAUAUGGAGUCUGAGGAGGAACAAGAUGACCAAGAUGUUGGUUGUUCUUUAGACCAAAUGCUAGAUGAGGUAGACGAAGACUUCUUUCUAGAGUUAGAGAAAGAAUAUGAAGAGGACAAAAAGUUUGGUCCUGAGAUAGACAGUGCUAUGGCAAAACUUGCUGAAACAGCUAUUGAGAAACCGUUAAAAGACGAGGAGUAUCAAAAGUUAACAGACAAAUAUUUGGUGCCAGAAAAUUGUAAAAAGAUAAAGGUACCUCUGGUAAACAGAGAACUAUGGAAGGUGCUAAAAACCAAGCGAGAAGGAGAUGUGGCAAUGCAAAAGGUGACUCAGACAUGUAGUUCAGCAUUAGUCAUGGUACUCAAAGCUUUGAACAUUAUUAAGACCAAAGGGGACAUGAGUGAAACGAAACCCAUAUUCAAAGAUUUGUUUAAAGUUCUAACUCAUGGGAUCUGUACGGCAAACAGGAAAAGAAAGCAGAUGAUAAGGCCUAUAGUCCCAGGAAAAUACAGGAAAUUGUGUGAAGUAGACACACCUGUUACAGAAUUUUUAUUCGGUGACAACCUGGAUGAAAAAGUAGACAAACUGGACAAAGAUGACAAAAGGUCAGACAAGUUAUCUAUGGAAUCAGGAGGUGUUUUUUUAGGGAAAAGAAAGCACAAUUGGUCAAAGGACAGUCAUUGGGGUCCGGCAAAAGACAAAAACUGGCCAAAAGACAAAUUCUGGCCAAAGGACAAAUUCUGGGCAAAAAACAAAAAGAAACUAAAGAAACCAAAGACAAUGCAUUAAAUGCAUCUUCUUCUGGGAAAAGUGCUGCAGAAGUUAAUUACAGACAAAGUCAACAAAGCAUUGAUUGUAGCACCAAUUUGGACAACUCAAGUAUGGUUUCCAAUUCUUCUACAACAGACUUGUCAACAACCAUACUUACUACCACAAAAAAGUUUAGUACUUCCAGGAAAUCUACAAAAACUACAUCCAGUGAAAAAUCUUCAACUUGGGAUUUUUUGUGUGUCAGGGAACAUCUCAAAAGUAAAGGAGUUUCAAGCAAUGUUGCCGACAUCAUUCUACAAUCAUGGAGAUCUAGUACAUCACAACAAUAUAAAUCAUAUCUCAAGAAAUGGAAAUUAUUUUCAAGUGAAAGGGAAAUCAAUUUGUUUGAUCCCCCUACCGAAGUAUUACUUGAGUUCUUAAAUUCUUUAUUUGAACAGAAUGUAGGUUAUAGUGGUAUAAACACUGCUAAAUCAGCUAUUUCAGCAUUGUGUAGUUUAGUUAGUGAUAGAAAUAUUGGUAAAGAAACUUUAGUUAAAAGGUUUAUGAAAGGUGUUUUCACUAAAAAACCUAGUUUACCAAAAUAUAGUAAAAUUUGGGAUGUUAACAAAGUAUUAACAUAUUUUGAUAAAAUACCGGACAAUGAACAGUUGUCUUUAUAAGAGUUAUCACAAAAACUAGCUAUGUUGUUUAUGUUAUUGAGUGGACAAAGAUGUCAAACUGUAUAUAAAUUAGAAUUAGAUAAUGUUCAAAUUGAAGGAAACUCAAUGGUUGCUUAUGUUAGUGAAUUGUUAAAACAAACUAAACCUGGAGUACAUAUGAAACCUUUAGUAUUUGAUAGAUAUAUUAUCAAUGAAAAAUUGUGUAUUUUGAGAACUUAUGAGGAGUAUGUAAGAAAAACAGAAACUCUUCGGAACAAAGAACAAAAAGUGUUUAUUUCUACUGUUAAACCUUACAAACCUGUCACCAAAAGUACUAUUGCUAGAUGGGUAAAAAUUGUGAUGAAAAGUUCUGGAAUAAACAUUGAAUGUUUUGGUCCACAUAGCUGUCGUUCAGCAUCAACCUCAGCUGCAUUAGGUCAAGGACUUAAAUUAGACACUAUUAUGAAAAGUGCAGGGUGGAAAUCAGCAAAAACUUUUCAAAAAUUUUAUAAUAAAACAAUUAUUACUGACAAUGAAAGUAAUUUAGCUCAAAAGAUUUUACCAUCAAGUAGCUAAAUGUAAAAUGUUUUGUUUUUAUGAUAUAUGUUAUGAUCAUGAUGAUGGACAUUAAUGUACAAAUGUAUAUAUGUUUAUUAAAAGAUAUAAUUACUUGAAA